AUGCUCAUUCCUCCUCGUUCGCACCCCACACCCUGUACGCACCCCGGCUCUGCCCAUACUCGACCCGUGUUGCCGCCCGUGUUCUUCCCAUGCCCGUGCUUGCUGCCCGUGUCUCCCGUGCCACCCGUUCCCAUGCUGCCCAUGCUGCCCGUUCCCGUGUCUCCCGUGCCGCCCGCUCCCGUGCUUCCCGUGAUGCCCGUGCUGUCCGUUUCCUACCCGUGCCUCUCGUGCUGCCCGUGUCCUACCCGUGCUUCCCGUGCCGCCCGUUCUCGUGCUUCCCGUGAUGCCCGUGUCCUACCCGUGCCUCCCGUGCUGCCCGUUCCCGUGUCUCCCGUGCCACCUGUUCCCGUGCUUCCCGUGCUGCCCGUUCCCGUGCUACCCAUGCUGCUUGUUCCGAUGUCUCCUGUGCCGCCCGUUCUCGUGCUUCCCGUGCUGCCCGUGUUCUCCGUGUCCUACCUGUGCCUCCUGUGCUGCCCGUGUCAUACCCUUCUCGUGUCUCCCGUGCCGCCAAUUGCAUGCUCCAUACCUCUGUGA